CCCUUGCAGCUUUCUGGACCAGGGCUGGCGACGCCGAAUAGUCAGGAGAGAGUUACUACGCCUUCUAGUCAUCCCAGCAACCGGUGACGCGGCCCACAUGAGGCCGACCACUGGCCAGCCGGGGAAAGCGGGACUGGAGCGUGACUCCCUAUCCUGAGGCGCCGCCCAGCUCUCCCCACUCGGCGGCCGCGCGCUCCGCCAGACCCUUCCUCCCUUCAACGCCCUAGUCCCGAAGUCCGGGAGGCGGGUGUCGGCGAGCAAGCUGAGUGGGAACCGCGUGGUGUACAAGGAGCCAGUCGGCGACCGAUUUCCUUCCAGGCAUAGACCCCUUUUCUUCCAGGGCAAACUCCAGCAUGGGGUGAGGUACAGAAGAGAGACUUGAGGGGUGUACUCUGGCACUCAGUUACCAAACCUGCCCCCUAGAUAGGGUCUGUCUUACCACAUUUGUAAUGGGGGGAAAUUGUAUCUUUGUUUAUAUGACAUUUAUUUAUGCAUGUUUGUGUUUGUGCGUUUGUCUUACCUUCCUUGGGCCUGUGCCCUAGGAGGAAAAGGGUGGGUUCCCAGAAACUUGGCCUGAUAGGUGCCGUGGUCCCUGGAGUCUCUCAAGUGAGGUGGAACCCUCACCAGCAUGUGCAUUGUUCUCUUUGGCAUUGGGAUCAAACACUGAGUCCUGAGGGAAGGUUUUAUUCACAUGAGGCAAACACUCUUUUGAACUGACAACCUAGAAUAGACAGCCCAAGUGUCUGGGCUGAAAGUUCCCUCUGGAAGAACUGAUUGUCUCUGAAGACUGCUUUCAGGUCUGCAGAGGGGCUCUUGCCCCUGCUUGCAGCUUUUGCUUAAACUCAUUCUCUGUGAAUAAGAUGUCUGGGAUUUAAAAUACUUCAGACCAAAAAAAAAAAAAGAGAGAGAGAGAGAGAGCAAAUGUGUGGGAGAGGAGUGUGAUAGAUGAAACAGAAGAGCAAAAUGCAAAAUGUAGAUAGAUGCUAAAGAUGAGGGAGUGAUUCAUAUUAUUCUUUAGUUUUUUAUAUUUGAAAAUGUCCAUUAAAACAAUACCCUCCACCAGAAAAUACUCCCCUCUUCUUUCUCUCCCUGCCUCUGUGCCCUUUGCUCAAUGUAAAUUCAUGUUGUCCCUCUUACUUCAUCCCUGCAGGGUACAGAACAUCCUGCUCCAAAGGCAUGAGAAGAGAACAUCCUAUAUUGGCCACUCCUGCCCAAUGUGGAGGGGAGCAGAAACUCCAGAGCCCACCCCUGAAGGGCUCAGGGUGAAGGGUGAACCUGGCUGCAGCCCACCCUAGAAAAAGCUGCAGAGCCUGCCCGCAAAAGAAGGAACCUGGAAUCUGCAGACCAGUUUUCCAGGCCUCCCCUUCUUCCCUCUGCUACUCCCUUUGUAGGCCUUCAGAAAACCGAAAAUAACGCACGGUUUGAGGCGGUGGACGCCGGCGUGGGAGUGGCACACUGCCCUGCCAGCCUGGCCCCCGGCCCGCAUCCCGAGGGCACCCCAGCCUAGCCCUCACCAUGUUCGCCGCAGCAGCGGCGGCCGCGGCGUCAGGAAGGCCUUAUGUAUGCAGUGAGUGUGGCAAGAGCUUCCGCUACAGUUCGGUGCUGCUGCGCCACGAGCGCGCCCAUGGCGGCGACAGCCGCUACCGCUGCCUAGACUGUGGUGAACGCUAUGCACUGGCCGCCGACCUCCGUGCACACCGACGCGCACAUGCUGGCCAGACGCUCUACAUCUGCAAUGAGUGCGGCCAGAGCUUCCGUCAUAGUGGCCGCCUUGACCUGCACCAGAGCACACACAGACAGCGCAGCCGCUCCUGCCCUUGCCGCGCCUGCGGCCGCAGCUUUCCACACCUCUCAGCUCUGCUGCUGCACCGUCGCCGCUGGCAUCCCCCCGAGCGGCCCUGCCGCUGUCCCCUGUGCGCCCGCGCCUUCCGUCAGAGUGCGCUACGCUUCCACCAGGCGCGGGCGCACCCGUGGGGGACACCCACCACGCCUCUCGACCCGGUCCACCGCUGCGCACAGUGCCCACGGGCCUUCCGCAGCUACGCAGGGCUGCGGAGCCACGCACGCAUCCACGCGGCUCGGAGCCCUGGUGACGCCACAGCUCCUCGGCCGCGUGCUCCGGGUACACACCAGUGCAGCGUGUGCGGGAAGAGCUUUGGCAAGAGCUCCACACUAACACGACACCUGCAGACGCACUCAGGUGAGAAGCCUUUCAAGUGCCCGGAGUGUGGAAAGGGCUUCCUGGAGAGCGCCACGCUGGUGCGCCAUCAGCGAACGCACACGGGUGAGAAGCCUUACGCGUGCGGGGACUGCGGGCGCCGCUUCAGCGAAAGUUCCACCCUGUUGCGCCACAGACGCAGCCACCAGGGAGAGCGGCCGCACGCAUGCGCCACGUGCGGCAAGGGCUUCGGGCAGCGCUCCGACCUAGUGGUGCACCAGCGCAUACACACGGGGGAGAGGCCCUUUCCGUGUGCCGAGUGCGGCCGCCGCUUCAGCGACCGCUCUGACCUCACCAAGCACCGGCGCACGCACACAGGCGAGAAGCCCUACCAUUGUGAGUUGUGUGGCAAACGCUUCACGUGCGUAUCCAACCUCAACGUGCACCGGCGCAACCACGCUGGCCACAAGCCCCACAAGUGCCCCGAGUGCGGCAAGGCCUUCAGCGUGGGCUCCAAGCUGGCGCUGCACCGCAAGACACACCUGGGCGAGCGGCCGGCAGAAUGUGCCGAGUGCGGCAAGUGUUUCAGCCACAGUCGCUCGCUCUCCCAGCACCAGCGGGCCCACACACGUGCUCGAGCCGCCACCGCGGCCACCCAAGCCACCGCGGGAGCUGCGCUCGUCUUUGCUGCGCAGGCAGAACAGGAAAAGCUGGACAAAAUUUUUGUGUCCAGUUAAGGGACACUAGCUGGGAAGCUUCUCUGUAGUAGGCUGGCAAGUACUGACUCACUGCCACAGGGAUGGUGGGGCUCCGCGGCAGAGGGAGGUCUCUGCAAAGACAGCGUGGCUGGCUGUCGCCUUCCAUGGUAGCCCUUCACCGGGACUCCUGCCACGCCCCUACAUGGACUUCCCUGGUCAGCUCUUCCUGUCCCCCCUCCUUCCUGCUCUCCCCCUGUGGUGUCGGUGCAGGGAGUCAGGAAAACCUAGACACAGAAGGGAGCCCAGGUAUUGGUGUAUUCCCAUUGCUGCUGCCGUGCCCUCAGAUGUUUCUUUCCCGUUUUCCCACCUGUGUUCUAUCUGCUUUUGUCCCAUCCCCUUUUUCCAGCCUGAGUCUCCCCUAGCUCUCCUUCCUGCCUACUUUUGUUGUCCUGCCUCUUCAGGUAGUGAUCACAGAUAUGGCCACAGGGACAACCCACCCGCCUUGUGGUCUUCUUGCCUCUUGGUUCUACUUGAGUCUCUGCUGCUUUCUUCCUGGGCUCAGAGACGGGAAAUUUGUAGGCAGAGAGAUGACGGAUGGGACAGCUCAUUUCAGUGAAAGACAUCAUGCCAGAACCAACCAGCCUGCCGCCAGGCAGAGAAUGUCCACCCACAAUGGAGCUGGGCAGGACAGACCUGAUGGUGUCCAGGUCAAAGUGCCUCUCAGGGCGAUAUUCUCCAGCUAGGCAGGAGGACAUUAACUUUGGGACCCAGACUGAGACCACAUGGGGUCUACAAAGCAGAGUAUUGCCAAGAGUAUUGCAUCAGAAUGUUAUUUCCAAAUCAAGCUUAGAGCCAUGGGAAAACUGAGCUCCACAGAGUCAGUAGUGCAGGGUAGAAAAUCUGGAAUUGGCCAGCGAUUUUUUUGCUUAUGACUGGUGAAAUAAAGCUUGUUUGUUUGGGUUCCAGA